AUUUAAUCUGCGAAAACUGUGUAACAUCAUGUCAAGUUACAAGUUGACUUAUUUCGCAAUAGCGGGGCUCGCGGAACCGAUCAGAUUCCUUCUUAGCUAUGGUGGAAUUGACUACGAGGAUAACCGUGUGGCCCAUGAAAAUUGGCCAGCGAUCAAGCCGAAAACGCCCUUCGAACAAGUUCCGAUUCUCGAAGUAAACGGGAAGACGUUGUAUCAGAGUAACGCGAUCGUUCGCUUUCUCGCUAACAAAUUAAACUUAUUCGGCAGCGAUGAAUUGGAACACUAUGAGGUCGACGCCCAUAUUGAAACCAUUGGCGACUUGAGGAGUCUAUUAUUCACGUGGCAAUGGGCUGAAACUCCGGAAAAUAAAACUGCCAAAGAGGCAGAGACGCGGAAGAAGGCGGCUUUUUAUUUGGGCAAGUUUGAAAACACGGUAAAAGAGAACGGCGGGUACUUCGUCGGUGGUAAGUUGACGGCUGCGGAUAUUGUUUUCGCUGGGUUGGAUUACGUUUUCACCUUUAUCCUGGGAAAAGAAUUUCUCGCAGAUUAUCCUCACCUGAAAAAACUCGUUGAGAAAGUCAAUGCUCUACCGGGUAUCAAGUCACACAUUGCUAAACGUCCGGAAACGCUUUGUUGAAAUUUGUUAGGAAGCGGAUCAGGAUCUGCGUUCGUAGGACAUGUUGACAAGGCGUGAAAAGAUGGUGAAACCUAUCAAACUCGUCCCAUUGAAAUUAUCAGUGUUAUUAUGUAUUUGCAUA